GAGUCUGAAAGCACCAGAGCCCUGAUGACCCACUGCUCCAGGGACUGACCAUUAGCACCAACACUUUUAUUACUGGGGGGACGGGGCGGGGAGGUUGAGGGGCGCGCAGCGGACCUGCCCGACCACGAUCCCUUUGGAGCGAUCCUCAAAGAGGGCUGGCGCGCCGAGUGCUCCGGGAUAGCGCCGCCGCUCCCCGCGCCACCCCGUCGUUGGCCUUCGGGUCGGGAUGCUGCGGCAGGUCCUGCACAGGGGCUUGAGGACGUGUUUCUCCCGGCUCGGCCACUUCAUUGCCAGUCACCCCGUCUUCUUCGCCUCGGCGCCCGUGCUCAUCUCCAUCCUGCUCGGCGCCAGCUUCAGCCGCUACCAGGUGGAGGAGAGCGUGGAGCACCUGCUGGCGCCCCAGCACAGCCUGGCCAAGAUCGAGCGCAACCUGGUGAACAGCCUCUUCCCGGUCAACCGCUCCAAGCACCGGCUCUACUCCGACCUGCAGACCCCGGGCCGCUACGGCCGGGUCAUCGUCACCUCCUUCCAGAAAGCCAAUAUGCUGGACCAACAUCACACCGACCUGAUCCUAAAGUUGCAUGCUGCUGUGACCAAGAUCCAGGUUCCAAGACCUGGUUUCAAUUACACGUUUGCCCACAUAUGUGUCCUGAAUAACGAUAAGACUUGCAUCGUGGAUGACAUAGUGCAUGUGCUGCAAGAGCUCAAGAAUGCGCGGGCCACCAACCGGACCAAUUUUGCUAUCACAUACCCAAUCACUCACUUAAAAAACGGGAGGGCCGUGUACAAUGGGCACCAGCUUGGAGGUGUCACCGUGCACAGCAAGGACCGGGUGAAAUCCGCAGAGGCCGUCCAGCUCACCUACUACCUGCAGUCCAUCAACAGUCUCAACGACAUGGUGGCUGAGAGGUGGGAGGCCAACUUCUGCGACACUGUCCGGCUAUUCCAGGAGUCCAACAGCAAAAUCAAAAUCUACCCUUACACGUCCUCCUCACUGAGGGAAGACUUCCAGAAGACCAGCCGCGUAUCGGAACGUUACCUGGUCACCAGCCUGAUCCUGGUGGUCACCAUGGCCAUCCUCUGCUGCUCAAUGCAGGACUGCGUCCGCAGCAAACCCUGGCUAGGCCUACUCGGCUUGGUGACCAUAACCCUGGCCACGCUCACUGCAGCCGGGAUCAUCAAUCUGACUGGUGGGAAAUACAAUUCCACCUUCCUGGGAGUCCCUUUCGUCAUGCUAGGUCAUGGAUUAUAUGGGACUUUUGAAAUGUUGUCCUCCUGGAGGAAAACUAGAGAAGACCAACACGUUAAAGAGAGAACUGCAGAGGUCUAUGCCGACUCCAUGCUCUCCUUUUCUCUCACCACUGCCAUGUACCUGGUCACCUUUGGCAUAGGGGCCAGCCCUUUCACGAACAUUGAGGCAGCCAGAAUCUUCUGCUGCAAUUCCUGUAUUGCAAUCCUUUUCAACUACCUCUAUGUACUCUCAUUUUAUGGUUCCAGCCUGGUGUUCACUGGCUACAUAGAAAACAAUUACCAGCAUAGUAUCUUCUGUAGAAAAGUCCCAAAGCCCGAUGUAUUGCAGGAGAAGCCGGCAUGGUACAGGUUUCUCCUGACAGCCCGGUUCAGCGAGGACACAAGCGAAGGUGAGGAAGCCAACACGUAUGAGAGUCACCUAUUGGUAUGUUUCCUCAAACGCUAUUACUGUGACUGGAUAACCAACACCUAUGUCAAGCCUUUUGUAGUUCUCUUUUACCUUAUUUAUAUUUCCUUUGCCUUAAUGGGCUAUCUCCAGGUCAGUGAAGGGUCAGACCUUAGUAACAUCGUAGCGACAGCGACACAAACCAUUGAGUACACUGCUGCCCAGCAAAAGUACUUCAGCAACUAUAGUCCAGUGAUUGGGUUCUACAUAUAUGAGUCCAUAGAAUACUGGAACACUAGUGUCCAAGAAGACGUACUAGAAUACACCAAGGGGUUUGUGCGGAUAUCCUGGUUUGAGAGCUAUCUAAAUUACCUUCGGAAACUCAACGUGUCCACUGGCUUGCCUAAGAAAAACUUCACAGACAUGUUGAGGAACUCCUUCCUGAGAGCCCCCCAAUAUUCGCAUUUUCAAGAGGACAUCAUCUUCUCGAAAAAGUUCAACGGUGAGUACGACGUAGUGGCCUCCAGAAUGUUCUUGGUGGCUAAGACCAUGGAAACCAACAGAGAAGAACUCUACGAUCUCCUGGAGACCCUGAGGAGACUCUCCGUCACCUCCAAGGUGAAGUUCAUUGUUUUCAACCCGUCUUUCGUGUACAUGGAUCGCUACGCCUCCUCUCUGGGCGCCCCCCUGCACAACUCCUGCAUCAGUGCUUUGUUCCUGCUCUUCUUCUCGGCAUUCCUGGUGGCAGACUCCCUGAUCAAUGUCUGGCUCACGCUCACGGUCGUGUCCGUGGAGUUUGGAGUUGUAGGUUUCAUGACCCUGUGGAAAGUCGAACUAGACUGCAUUUCUGUGCUAUGCUUAAUUUAUGGAAUUAACUACACCAUUGACAAUUGUGCUCCACUGUUAUCCACGUUUGUUCUUGGCAAGGACCUCACAAGAACUAAAUGGGUCAAAAAUGCCCUGGAAGUGCAUGGGGUAGCUAUUUUACAGAGUUACCUCUGCUAUCUUGUUGGUCUGAUUCCUCUCGCAGCUGUGCCUUCAAAUCUGACCUGUACACUGUUCAGGUGCUUGUUUUUAAUAGCAUUUGUCACCUUCUUUCACUGCUUUGCCAUUUUACCUGUGAUACUGACUUUCCUGCCGCCCUCUAAGAAAAAAAGGAAAGAUAAGAAAAAUCCUGAGAACCGGGAGGAGAUUGAGUGUGUGGAAAUGGUGGAUAUGGAUAGUACCCGAGUGGUGGACCAAAUCACCACAGUGUGAGAGUGUGUCUGCUUGUUAUAUUUUCACCCUAGGUCUUACGGAGAGCAAAGAGAUGACGCUGAUGAAACAGAUUUAGAGUUUUUCUUUCUUUUGUAAGGACAAGAAACGGGCAUUGAUUGCCCAAAAGAAAGUAAAGGACAAGGGGGGAAAUGGGCAUUGCAUAUUUUCAACCUUUCCAACAAAAGGUUGAUAUCAGAAUUUAUACACACACACACACACACACACACACGCACACACACACACACGAAGAUCAAAUAGAAGGAAGCUUCAGAGCAAGCAGAAUCCUAUUUUAUUCACACUGCAGAUGUUGCUGGUAUUGUGACAAAAACCUACUGAUUGAAAGGUCAGCUGCCAAGGCAGAAAUAGCUUUACGCAUUGUUCAAACAGUAAGGCUUCCAGAACUUCUGCAGAGCAGUAGCUCCAGGCAGGCUCUGUGGUUUGAGGUUUCAGUCAUCUCACCUAGCUCCCCAACACCCCAAGGAGAUGCUUGUGAAAGCUCUGGCCAGCAAACGCGAGCCAGAACUUCAGAAGCAGUCACACGGCGGAGUAGCGAUCACCACGGGCUGCAAUCACCCAGGUGAGACAGUUUUGUUGUGUAGCAUGAAUGGAUCCUGUCCCCCCCACCCCCCUCCCAUCGAUAUAUUUUUUAACAUUUGUCUGGUUUGGUUACUAUACCUUUAAACCAGUGACAGCUCCAGCAUUGCAGAGUUGGGCGAUUCUAUUUUGGAAUAUCCUGUUGCUUGUCACCAAAUGGAUCUGCUUUAUUAGUUACAGCUCUUGGCAGGAGGCUCUGAGUCCCCGAAACCACAGAGCCAAACCCAAAUACCUGGCACGAUGGAGGAAAAGCAGGUGUCUACUUGAACCCGGAGACAGUGUUUCCAUUUUAAGACAAAAAUGGCCAGCUGGUACAGCUGUUUGCUGUCUGGCCCUACAUGCAAUGUGUGCGUGGAUGCCCAGAAACAAAAUCUGCCCACGCCUAGCUAAGGCAGGAGAAGAUAAUGCUGAGAUGGUAAGUGCCAGCGCGCCUGCGCUCUGCUACAUCCCUGCUCAGAUACACGGAGGACAGAAGGUGCUCUGGUGGGUGCAAGUCUUGAAGCGGAGACACUUCAAGAAAACGCAGGCAGGGAGAUAAAGGAUGGAAAGGGAGAUAGAUGGAAGGACCGGAAGAUGUACUCUCUGAUAUAAAUCUAUCAAUGCUGACCGUCAAACUUUCCUGCUAAACUGGCUGCACUUUCACCUUUCCUGCCCCACCCCAAGCCUUCGUUGCGGCCCGUCUACUUCCUUGCAUGGCCCAUCUGCACGUCAGUGAGCCUAGAUGCUUAUGCUGUUGACUUGCAGUACCUGCAGGAUCUAAACAGAAACGGUUUGAUCUGCAGAGGCUAUGUACGUUGCCCCAGACCCCUGCGUUUCUUUCAGUCUGUACAAAUUAAGCUAAAAGCUGGUCGCCUUUGAGGCCACUGUCUACAGUGAUUUUUCCCCCUUUAGAGAUGUAGCUUACUUAGACAUCUAUAGUGAUAAGCAGUUCCCAAAAGCACCUUACCUUCUUGGACUUUAGCGGAUGUACUGUGCAACUUUCCCCAUCCUCCACUGAGGAGGAAACCGAGACCUAGGAUGAUUAAGUCACAACACUAGAUGGUUUCUAUCAUUUUAGCAUGUCUAAGACAGGGCAGGCCAAUUUUAGAUUUUUCUCAUAAGAGGGCUAUUUACUCCCUUCAAAGUACAUUUCCAAGGAAGGAACAUGGGACUUGGUUGGCCACAGGGCAGGCUUUUUUUUUUUUUUUUUAAACAUCUGGGUAAUUGUUUGGGAUUUGUCAUUGUCUCGCCAAACGGCAGAAAUUGCCCAAAUGAUUCCGAUGUACUUCACCAAGUGCAAACCUGUGCUUUCUAUUUCAUGUACUGUUGUCCACACGGCUGUAAAUACAUGUGCAGGGGGUCAUCCCUGGUAUGUUCCACACCUGUUCAAUCUCUCCUGCAGACACAUGAAGCGAUCAUACCAACAUGGUAUGAUCAUACUCAACUAGAAGAUACUGAGCUUUAACCUGAGGACAAACACAGGCCUCAAAGAAGGGCACAUUCAAAUAAUAGAUCUGCGAUCAAUUCUCUCUUCGAGGGGCCUGCACCAAGGCUAGUAUUUAUCAAACAUGGCUGAAGAGGGGAUUGCUUUUAUUCUUAAAUCAUAUGUUGCUAAAUCAUUUUCUGAACAGUGUGUUCUAAAUCAGCCAUUGAUUUCGUGUCAGCCACGUGGAGCAUCUCGGGUUCAAACGACUCCACAAAACUGAUAACGACACACUCACCGAUUAAGUGGAUUUUGUUGAGAAUUUAAUCAUUCAAUGUGGUCAACCGGAAGGACUUACCGUGGAACUUUGUUUUACGACAGUUUUCCAACUUGAUUUGAGACUCUGUAUUCCUUGGGAUAAUGUACUUUUAAAUGAAGGGACUUUUCAACCUUAUCAACUUCUCUUUUCAACACUUGAAAUCAAGGUUUAUGAAAUUCUGACUGUGGAAUGACUUUUUCUUUUUUUAACUGGGGGACUCUGCAUGCCAAGAUUUAUUACUGAUUAUUUAUUGUUAGAUCAUUAUUUAACUGUUAAUAAUGAUUAUUGAUUAUUGCUCUGACAGCAUUGGUUUAGCCCCAGCUUAACCCCACCAUGGAGAAGACACUUUAGAAGUAACUCAGAAUCACAUCCAUAUAAAAUUUGUCUCUACUUCAUGAAGUUUUACUUUUUCAAUUGCUAUGAAGAGGGAAAGAACGACCCUAGCAAACACUUGGAAAAGUUUUAGUUUUCAAUUAAUUCCAACCAAGGCAUUAAUAUUCACUUUACCAAAGAAACUCAUUUGGUUGGUUUUUGAGUUGGUGUUUGUUUACCAAAGAAAAUAUUCCAUUCAUCACAAACAUUUCUCCUGGUCAACUUUUUAAAAACUGUGAUACUUGGGCUUUCUUGGCCAUUAAUAAGGAAAAAAAAAAAAGUCAGGGUAAGGAUUAUAUUCUCUCAGCAGAAGACAUAAAUUCCCAAGACACUUGGGUUUUGCAAGACAGAAAAAUGAUACUUGAAAUGGGGCAUUAUUGUUUAGCAAUGGUCCAAUAAGUAGCAUAAGGGCUCCUCAGGCUAAAAGGACUACAUGUGUUCCACAGAAAACAAGAUAAACCCUCAUGAAACCCCUCUCCAUUGUUACAGCUCAUAAGUAUUGUCCUGGUUAGGUUUUGGGGUUGGAGGUUUUCUGGCUUUUGUUUUGCUGUGGUUUGGUUUGUGGUGUUUGUGUUUGGCUGUCUUGUUCUCACCUUUCCUACCACUUUCACCCCUACGAUUUUCAGUCAAAAGUGAAAUAAUCUAAAUCCAUCCUCCAUGGCUGCAGUUAUGUAUGCAAUAUACUGCUCUAUACAAGGCCCUUGAUGACCCUUUCAUUGUAACUAACCACCACCCAACUGUUCUAAGUGGUAUUCUUGGACCCUAACACCACUUCCCUCCAGCCCCAGCUGUGUCUAUCUCAAGAACAGGUGGGCUGGGCAGCCACCUUGGGGGUUUGGCAAGAGGCAGAGCCUUUUGGACACAAAUGGUAUCCUCUUCCUAAUGGCUUUAUUCCUUCGGAUCCUAUUAAAGUAGUCCUGCAGCUUGUA